GCAGGUGGGAGGGAUCUCCUCAUGGAUCUAGGAAAUGUUGGGGCAGCAUUGGAACCAUCCAACACCUCACAUACCUUCCAACAUCUGGCCACCUCCUGCGCUACUGUCCAAUAUGGCGCUUUUAUCACCUGUGGACAACGAUGAUGUACUCCCUAUGGACAUUGACGAUGAAGAGCUACAGCAGGCCUUUACCGAGGAAAUCGCAAGUUUCCGACGCGCCACUGUACCGCCGAGUUAUGAUGUACAACUGAUCGGUGGAACGGGCUCGCUUACGGCGGGACCGGGGCCGUGUCAAGUGGAUCGGCUUCUUGAUCCGAUGGAACUGGACAAAACUGGAACGCCUUAUUCUGCGGUGUUCGUCAUCGAUACAUGUUUCCUCAUAUCACAUCUGCGGUUUGUCAAGCAAGUUCUGGACAUAUUACCGGCACCUGAUAUGAUUAUGCUACUUCCAUACGUCGUAUUAAAGGAACUUGAUAGUCUCAAGGAUUCGCACAAGGGUUCUGUGCGAAAACAAGCAGCAGCCGUCAAGGAUCGCGUCGUGCGACCAGACAACAUUGUUGCAGAUGAUAGUGUCUCCAAUGGAAAGGCAGUCGUAGAUUCUCCAUCAGAGAUAUCAUUGGCUCAUUGUGCUCGACAGGCUAUCGACCUGCUAUACCAGACGUUACUCAAAGGGGCUCCUGCAUUAAAAGGACAGAGGAUAACUGACCACCUCCCCGGCAUGGAUCUCACUCAGAUGAAUAACGAUGAUAGGAUACUUGAAUGCUGUAGAUUUGCGCAAGUCCGGUAUACCCCCAGAGUGGUCCUGAUGUCAAAUGACAAAAACCUUUGUGUGAAAGCUUUGAUUCAUUCGAUCUAUACCGUGUCAAACUGGAAAAAGUCGCCAGCGGAGUUUAUAUCAGAAGCAAGACGAGGACUAGAGCUUUCUCCUGCGGUAUCAAACACGACUAGAACUGCUGCUGCAAAACCGAAGCCGAACAACGGAAACAAGAAGAGUGUCCUCAAAUUGGAGAAAACAGCUGAUCCCCCGCGUGACUCAGAUAAGGCCGUCAUUGAUGGGAUGGUCCAAGAUCAGGUCGAUUUGAUGGACAUCGACGAACUGGUCUCUGCAGACGCAAAUGCAUCCUCUGCUCUUAUUUUCCCAGAACGAGCCUCUACUAAUCGCGAAGGGCAAGCUGAUCCGGUCGACAUCAUUAUCAAACAACUAAGCGACACGCUCGUGGGAUCAAUGUCUGCCGCCUUCCCUGUCCUUUUUCAACGGCAGUUUGGAAAGGAAUGGAGAACCAAGGUUGCGCACAAGCCACCUUGGUCAGUGUCCGACCUGUUCGAGGUGAUCAAUAACCAUUGGCUCCUAUUUCGUGACAUCCUUCCCUCAGGCUUCGGAAAUGACCUGUCUUGGUUACGGCAAAUCUCAAGAGACUUACGCAGGGGCUAUGUGACGGCUGGCGAGCUCCGAAGGAUACUAGGGAAAGUACAGCAUUUGCACAAAGUGUGUGAAAAGGCUGGCUUUUACAAGGACGCUGAGCGAAUGCGAAAAAUAAUGAACGAAUUCAAUGACAUGUUGAACAAAAAAUAGUCUCGACCGACAUGGAAGUAGACAUAAGACGAAAUGUGUGCAUAUGCUGCUUGUAUUAUACCGCCUCAGAAAUGAAACGUUUGCGUAGAACGCGUUGUUUCCUUUUGGCUAAACUACUGGGGCUGCGGCCUUGAUUGGUGUUCACGAGGUCCGCCUCGGCCACGUCCACGGAAGCCACCGCGGCCUUGGUACCCACCUUGGCCUCCACGACCUCGGCCACGCCCACGGAAACCUCCACGCCCACGUCCUCUGUGCUGCCUGCCUUGAUGCUGGCCCUCCUGAGAUGGUACUGCUGCACCCUCACCCUCUUCCUGCUCGCCUUGAGUUAUCCCCACACCGCCUUCCUCGCCCUGCACCUCUCCACUUGCAGCCGG